AUGGAGCCCUUUACUGACGGUGUCCUGGUUCACAACCUCAUGUCUCGCCACCUCACACGGCAACAGCUGGAGGUUUUAUCCUAUGACGCUAAGUUCAACACAAGAGAUGCUCGACCGGAAGAUUUCAUGGCAUCCUUCGAGUCGGCCCCUCAGAAGUGCGAAGCCAACGAGGAGUACAAAAAUUCCAUGCUGCAACAAGUGUCAACUCUUCUCCUCCAGCACAAACCUCAAAGGGUGAUUUCCGAAGCAGAAGACCGAGAACUUCUGAGAAUGCGGAAGAUGAGGGAUGUCGUCACUCUGCCCGCCGACAAGGGACGCUCGACGGUUGUCAUGGGCAAGACCGAGUACACGGCGAAACUGAAAGGUCUGUUGGAGGACGAGGUUGCCUAUAUAAGCCUAGUGAUACAUAAGUCACUCGAGUGCAUGGCCUCGAGGAACUCUUGGCCUUUUUUGAAAGGGCAGACAUCGACAAUCCGAGUUCUGUCCCAAGCAAACGUAUGCCCCGUGUCCAGGGUAUUCAUGGCUAACUGAGAAAGAUGGUCUCGCCUCUUUACCGCCAGCUGGUGUUCGCGAAUGCGUUUAGAGGCUGAUUUUCCUGUUUGACCACAAUAAACUGCAUCAAAGGCCUCACACUGGAUCUUGUAGACGACUUCCUUUCUAUCCAAAUAGUCAACCCUACCCUUCGGGUGUACUAUCUGCGUACGCAGUGUUGUCGUUGGUCUGUGUGCCACUAGGACUUGGUGUUUCCUUAGGUGCCUUACACGGUGUUCAGACACGUUUUUAAUGUAUUUGUCUUCGGUACCUGAUUUGAACUACUUGGAUUCGUCUCUUUUUACUCGUUCUGUCUCAUGCAUUGGCGCACAAAAUCAUUGGCAUACCCAUUCCGAGAGAAGAAUUCACACAAGUAACUUAGGUGGGCUCGGUAGCCUUCUUCGUCGGGACAGUGUGUUUUCGCUCGAUCAAGCAGACUGUUGACCGUACUCCGUUUGCGGAAAAUAGGGUGGUUGCUUUCAUGGUACUGGGUAUUUCCAUACCCCGUGCGUCAUCCCCAAAUGAAGACGAAGAAGGAAAACAGUCGAUUCCAUGGACCACACUAUAUUUGUGCUGACGUUCCUCGUUUCCAUCACUUGAGUGGUGUGGUGUUUGCGGCCCGAGGGGAUCGUGGGCUUUUGCAACUGCCGCAUCGCUAUGUACGUAAACUAAACGUCUUCUUUAUUAAUCCACUGUAGCGUGAAUCAGACAGGCAAUAUUCCUCACCUGUACCUGUUGUUUUGGUCAGGCGGCCGUGCAAAGGGGUGCUGAGAACGACACGCGCAUAGUCCAGAUGCGAAUGCCCUACUGUCGGAAGUGACGACUGGACCAAGGAGGAUGCAGUGCCGCCUUGUGUGUGAACUCGCCUAUUGCGAUUUCGCAUCUCAUCUAUCUCACUCUUUAAUUUCACGUCCGUUGUGUUUCGCCGGCAAAAAGCAGCCAGGACGACCGAAGAUGGGUGCGUGCGCAUUGGCCGAAAGCCCCGAUGUGCUAGUUGCACGCUCCACAUGCGUGCUGGCGCCUAACCCCACAUAAAUCGGCCUUCAAAGGGGAAUAUCGGACCUCGUAUAAGUGGCAACGACAAAAACCAGUAUGGAGUUGUGGUCUGACCUUUACCCGAAGAGGAUUGAUUUGUCGCGUCAGUUGGGAACCUUCAAAACUACGACUGUUGGCACAUCAGGAGUUUAGACGCCACAGAUUUAUUAUAGCUAAGGAGAAGCUGCUGCGCUAUAAGGGUGAACCCACAGGGCCAGGCAAGUUAUCUACCUCUGCCAUGACCUAAUAGCUUGUCAGUCUAUUUGCAGUUACACCUGACGCGGUGGCUGACGUAGCGUGUCACUGUCUGGCACGUGCCACACACAUGCAAGGCGGCAAGCAGAUCCGGUGCUGCCAGACUAGCCCUCGCCAUGAGCCAACUUGACAUCCGCUUUGAUCUUGCAUAACAACGAUGCAGCCUGCUUGGGGUGGGAGUGUACACUAAAGAAGAGUUCGCGAGGACGUAAAGAUAGGCGUUUCCAGUGUGUUCCCAGAGCUUUACGAUGAGAAAAGGGGAUUAUUGUGUUUGUCGCCGCAAGUGAGACGAACAUGCGUUUUCAACUAAUCACCAUCCUGCCUAUGCACUAACAUACAGCUGUGAUUGAAAGGAUCGGUUGCAGUGGGUGGAGGAAGAGGUGCGACGUCUUCCACGUGACAGCGAAGACGCGUCGCAGUAGACUGGCCAACUUAACGGCCUUUCUUUAUGGGAAGGGACGAGCGAACGGUCAAUCGGUCGUCAUGACAUGCUGCUUGAGGGGUGAGCUCCCAUCCAAAUCUUAAAAUUUUGACCUUGACAGUUAGAACUCGGAAAAAUGGCCUUUUGUGAACACAGGACAGGGCCGCCUAGACACACCACCAAGUAAGCCGGGGCUGUCUGCAAAUUCGCCUGCUUUCACCAAUGGGCUUUGUGACUGCACCACUUGGUGGGUCGAGCGAUGUGAGGAAACGGACCAGACCUUCCUUCAGUUAUCUGGUUCCAAAAACGGAAAAACGACCCCGUUAUGAAACAUGGGGGUGACUACCACUGACAUUCUAUUGUGGCGAGCCUCAGCGCAAGGGCAGAGAAGAGGUCUACGACCACGUAAACCACGCGCGAGACACAAUGGCAGACGACAGGUGAAGCCCUCGUUAUUGCAAAAUAGGAGUUCCGUGAGCACUGUCCCAGCUGCUGAGGUUCUCCAUAACCCGCUCAGCAGUGUGCCAAGAGGCGAAGGAGACAGUUAUCCUGACUAGGUAGGCGACAGAAGACGCUGUCCUCUGGACGCGAAUCAAAAAUCCCUUGAAAGAGCGUUCAACCAACUACUUAACUGUGAACGUCUCCUUGGUGUAACACCCCGACCACCUCACUAGUAAUCAACUUCGUCCGAAGCCCCUCCCCCGCCAUCCCAGAGAGAGCAAUGAAACAAAGAUCCCGGCGGCGUUCCCACGGUUGUCGCUAAACGUAAUUUAGAGCUCGUAUCCUAAUGGUGGACGUCCCUAACAGCCUUUUUUUCUCGAACAGUACCCGUCCGGAGAGAAAUUUGUUUUGGUAAUUGUAAUCCUCCACGACCAGUUCAGACAAUAGGCAGGCGCUGAGGAAAGCCACGUACGGUCCGGAAUGGGGGAAUCUACAGUUGGCACCAAGUCCGAAUGGACAAGCCUGCCGGUUGCACUAGCAACAUACUAGCCAGAGAGUGAUGGGCAGAAGAGUAAAUACAACACACGCUGUGAUGUGAUCCGCAUGGGAAACAGUCUAGAAAGGGCCUUAACCCAAUACUAACAGACUACGAUUUUGAGCGCUUUCGUGGGGUCAUGAGUGCCCAUGUGUUCCCCUACGCGACUGGUGACGCGACGCCCUUAUAUGCUAUCUACCAGGGAGAACUGGCUGCAGACCUAUCCUCGUAA